AUGCCUGCAGUGGGCGACCAACACCAUGACCCGCCGAGCACAGUGACCGGAACCGCGAACCCAUUCGAUGAAGGACCACGACGUAUAAGCGAGUACACAGCUCGAGAAGUAGCCACACUCCAGUCACGGCUAGACAAGCAGCUUGGGCCCGAGUAUAUUUCAUCUCGAUCAGGACCUUCGGGACAAAAAGUUCACUAUCUCGCUGCGGAGAAAUGUAUCAACCUCGCAAAUGAGGUGUUUGGGUUUAAUGGAUGGUCGAGUUCGAUUCAGAACAUUCAAAUUGAUUUUGUUGAUGAGAAUCCGACUACAGGAAAGAUAAGUUUGGGAUUGUCAGUUAUUGUGAGGGUCACACUGAGAGAUGGCACUUAUCAUGAGGAUAUCGGAUAUGGCCAUAUCGAAAACUGCAAAGGCAAAGCGGCGGCUUUUGAGAAAGCUAAGAAGGAAGGAACCACAGACGGCCUGAAACGUGCCUUAAGAACCUUUGGAAAUGUGCUGGGUAACUGUAUCUACGACAAAGAAUACCUUGCUAAGGUUACCCGACUCAAAGUUGCUCCAAGUAAAUGGGACGCAGAGAAUCUGCAUCGUCACCCAGACUUUGCUCCUACAAAAAAGGAGCCUGUGCCAGACAGGAAGCUGCCGGAAGAGGUCGAACUUCCUCCGCGACUAAUCGAGUAUAAUAACCGGAAAGAGACUUCAUCACAUGAGACUCUUACAUUUGACGGAGACGCAGAAUUUGGAAGUGAUGUCUUUGACGAAGCGGAUUUUGUAGCCAACACGGCUGGAAAUCCAGACGAAGUCGUAUUAGAUGUCGACACCCCACAACCAAUGCAGAGACCGCAGGCUAGGUCGCAACUACCUCCUGCCCAGCAAAGGCCGCAAGUGUAUCAACAACGUGCUGCCCCGCCAAAUCCUGCAAUGACCACCCCAUCUAAGCCGGAGCGACAGUGGAAUGGCGUCCCAGCGCCAGCUCACGCAGUAUUCAACAAUAACCCGAAUCAGAACUCCAUGGCUCAAAGAGGAGGAUCAGCUGGAAAUGCGCAGGGGUCAAUGCAAGCGAAUCCUCUAGCGAACAAUAGAUCCAGCCAAGAAUUUCAACGAUCAAAUAAUGCCGCUGCUGGCAUCGUCAAGACAGAGCAUCCAGCCAACCCACAGAAUACAUUGGGCAACCCACCCACUAUUAACAACAAUGGACCAACCGACCCAGCAAUUGGUUUCUACUCAGCUCGAGCAGUCGAUAUAUUGCGUGACAAUCCUCGCGCGUCGCCAAUGGCGCCCAAAUUCGACCCUCAUGCAGAAAGCCCCUCCAUCCGCAAAACGGCUGGCAUAGAUCACACGAAGAGUGUACCCGUCUUGAAGCCCAUGCUAUCCGGAACAUCGCAAUCACCGGCUGGUGCUGGUGCCGGCGCUGGAGGGGGUCGAAACUUCAUCAACCCUGCAACAGAUAUCCAUCGACGUAUCGGAGCUCCAGGCGGUAAUACGGGCGGAAUAGCAAGUCCAGUGAACAAGGGAUUCACAACAUCAUCUUACCGUCCAUUGACACGACCAGCCGUCGAUGCUAAUAGGAAUAACCCUUUAGCAACGACGACAAAUGAUCCAUCCCUGAAAAGACCACCCCUAAACGACGUGACCAACGCGCCACUACCAGGUGCACCCCCAGGUUCCGGGGACAUCAAAAGACCACGAUUGAGUAGCGAAGCACCGCCACCACCACCACAACAGUAA